AUGUCGAUCACAGAUGUUGUGGAGACAGAUCACCAUGUUGCUGAGAUCGUACCAUCUAUGGAGGACAGCAGUGCGAGAGUCAUUGAAGAUCGGCCACAGGAGGAGGGAUCGGAUGAGAAACAACAAAGUCAGAGUUGGAUAUCUACAAACAAGCCUACUUUGUUAAGUCAAGGUAUUGCAACAGAAGCAACGUGUUCACUUGAAGCCUCAGAGGAUUAUGCCUUGCACUACCUUACACGAUCUGUUGUAAAGAUGAUGGAUAAUAUUGGUUUUUCAACAUGUCACGAAUCUGUUCUAAACAUCCUAACCGAUGUUUGUAGACGGUACAUGGAGAAACUUUGGGUUGAUUCAAAAUUAUUCGCAGAACACGCUGGUAGACGAUUUCCAAUCUUUGAAGAUGCAAAUAUGGUUUUUGGAAAACUGAUGUUCAGUGCAGCAGAAUUGCACUCAUUCAUGAAGCAGGUCCAAUGUGAUCCUUUUGAAAACAACGUGCCGCUUUUCCCAGUUAGAAAAUCUUCGCUAAACCUGCUCAGUAUGUAUGGACCAGUAUCAGAUAAAGAAUUGGCAGAACGACCAGAACAUAUACCUCGUUAUUUUCCUGCUAUGCAUCGAGAAUGGUGCUCCAGUCAUAUGGGAGUUCGGGCAGUCGAAGUUUCAGCAGUAAAAGGUGCAACACGCAGGUCAGCGCAAAAUUGCAGAUCUACAUCAAGGGGAAGGGUCGCAAAAGCGAAGAUCUCUUUCCCUGACUUUAGUGGGUCGACAGCUAAAGAAUUGGGAUUUGUGCGCCCUCAAAAACUGCCAUCCAAAAAAGUGGUUGAAGAACCAAGUGGUAUUUCAAGUAGUGCCAAUAUCGCAGCUUUGCAGAAGUUGGAUAGCUGUUCUAAUAGAACAAAGUCUAGAAACUGGUCGCUUCAUGAACCUACCAGUAGUUCAGAUCAUUGCGAUGAGCAUCAUGUGAAAGCGGAAAGUGUUAAAGAGAAGGAUGUUCCAGAUAAACCUUUCGCACAAAGAUCGAUUGGUAUGUUUGGCAUGCCACCAUCAACCUUGGUACACCCAGAGAGUGUUGUGAAUGAAAAGACGAAAAAGAAAAAGAAGAGAGAUAGAGAUCGAGAUAAAGACCGAACUAAGGAGAAGAAAGUAAAGCUUCGUGACAAAGAAAAGGAGGAAAAUCCAAGUACAAGUAGAUCAAUUCCGGUUUCGAUUAAAUCUCAUGUAAAUGAAAAAGCAAGUGCGAGUGCAAAUUGUUCAAUUGACGCUGAAAAUGAUGGUCAAGCGAAAAAAUCAGGGAAUAAACGACCGGAUGUUCCUUUAUCAUUGCAAAAACGACCAAGUUCCUCUGAACACCGUCAAAUAGAGCGAGAUGAGAUUGAUUUAAAGUAUGUUGCGAAUGAGAAACCUAUUAUAGACCUUUAUUUUUCUGACACUCUUCCCGAAAGUGAUGAAAAAGGCGUAACAGUUUGCGAAAAGGUGGACAAUAAUGAUAAACUUAAACAUGACCAACCAGUGAACAUAGGAAUAAAUAACGGUCACACUCCUAGUGGUGUUGAUUUACAAAUGACUGAAGUAUUGAUACCGCAACAGUUCGCAAAUAGAACUGGUAAUGUAGAGGACGAUGAUACUAAUGGCGACAGUAAAGCUAUAGAAAAAGUGAAGGAAGAAGGAUUGAAGGAUGAAGCUAAGAAAAAUGAUAAAAGAGGUACGAGUAAAAAUACGCUAGAUGAAAUUGCUAAAGGGAAGAUAGAGAAGUGCAAAGUUGAAGAGAAAGAUAGUGAAUGGAAAAAAGUUACGAAAAAGACAGCAAUAGAGAACUCCUUAUCUGUGAUUUUCGGUGGCAUGGCGAAAAGCUCAGCAGCUGAUAAUACUCCUCUGUCUCAAGAUCUCAAGGCACUUAAGGUGGUUUUAUCGAGGACAACUGGACAGAAACUAUUCACUGCAUUAUCACCUUCCAGUGACACGGGACGGGUCGCCAAAGAUGCAGAGCAGAAAUAUGGCCCAGGAAAAGUUGCAGUUGAUAAAUCACUGAUUGCUGAAAGUAUAUGUGAGAAAAAGAAAAAGCAUAGGAAGGAGAAAGAUCGAGACAAACAUCACAAUAAGGAGCACAAACGCAAAGAUAAAAAGAAGUGCAAAGAACAUAAGAAAGACAGGACGAAAGACAAAGAGAAGAAAUAUAUUAAACUAAGGCCUGAAAGGCUCUGUUUAAAGCGACCUGGCGAGCAAAUCCUGCCAGAUGAAAUGCCUGCCCCGAAAAUACCUAAGUUAAAAAUCCGAUUUGGAUUUAAUUCAAGUGGCAUUACUGGUUCGCCAACAAGCAUUGUCUCUGCAACUUCGCCGACACUUCUGACUUCUGCUUUGUCGUCUACCCAACUAUCAGAGAGAAAUAUUCCCUCAUUAGACGAUCAAAACAUUCAAGUUAUGCAUCCUGCAAUCAAGCUAGAAGGUGCAGAGGCUACCAGUCUGUAUACAUCUCUCAGACCUGAUGGAAAUAUUAGGCCUAGAAAACGGCAGCCAGUGACCAAAGCCGAGUUGAAAGCGCUGCCGAAAUUACCGUUGAAAACAAGGACGUGUGGAACUAAAGAGGGAAGUGGAUUCACAGGUGGACAAGGAACAGCAGAAAUAGCCGCUAGUUCAAUUAUUUCUAGAGAAGAUGUUGGGUUUGAACAAAGAAAUUACGUACAACAACCAACCGGUAAGCGUUUGCGUAUAGACGAUAGCUGCUUCGAUACGUAUGGCGCUGGUGCUUUCAGUUCAGCUGAAAAAGUUUGCAAAUCUACGGAGAAAGAAAGAAACAGUGAAAGUUGUAUCCAAGGUAUGACACCGAAAGGUUGGGGACAGUUGCCAUCCGCCACUACUUUCAGUACAUUUUUGAUGGAUGAUCGACGUCAAGAAAAGGAAUCCUUGAAGAAAGAGUUGGAAGAGGUAUUAAAAAAGAAGCCGGACCAAAUGUACUUGGAAGAAAUAUUAAAAAAGAAACCGGAUCAGGUACAUACUGGAGCUGAGCUAGACUCAGCGAAACCAAGAUUGGGGAAGGAAAAGGAUCCUCUUAAGCGUGUAUGCGAUGGUGACUUACUACUUGAGAAAGAAAAGAUGUUUGUCAAAGAUCGUUGUUCGGGGAAGCUGAAGAAUAAAGAGCCGGAGAAAGAGAAGAAAAGUGAGAGACAUUACAAUCUUGAGAAGGUGAAGGAGAAUGGGCGAGAGAAGGGGCAAUGCCAUGUACAAAAAGCUCUUGAAAAGGGAAGAGAACAAGGCAAGCGCGACGAGAAAGUUCUGGGAAUGGUAGAUGAUGAGAAGAAAGAAGCACAGCAAGAUCGACAGAAAGAGAAGGGGAAUGAUGGGGAGAAAAAGAAAGGCAGUGGUGAAAACGAUAAAGGGAAAGUUAAGAAGAUAGGGAUGGUUGGGGCAAAGUUGGGAGAUGUUUCGUGUCGUAUUAUUACGAGUGAGAAGAAACAUCGGGAAAAACUGGGGAAAGCUUCUGGAUCUGUAGAGCGGUGUAAGCGGAAGAGUAUCGAUAAGGAUGAGGGACGUGGGAAAGGUGAUGAGAAGGACGUGAAGAAAUAUAUGGAGGGUUGGGGGUGCUCGACCGAGACAAAGGAGAGAGGGAAACAUCGCAACGAAAGAACUGUUGUAGAGGAGAGGCUUAAAAGUCGUGAUCAGGAAGUCAAGGAUAAGGAGAAACGAAAAAAGCAUUUGACUAAUCGAGGCAGAGAGUAUAGCAUUGGGAAAAUCAGUAAAGGGAUCGAGAAGGUUUCUUCUGGUGAGAACGACAAUUUUGAUAUUUUGCGUAAUGUGGAAACGAGCAGUUUCAGCAAUGUUAAGACGAAGGAUUCCGGUAAGGAUGAACUUAUGGGUGAUUCAAACGAUUCCGAUCUUCCAUUCGAUCCUCUGCAAAAAACUGAGCGAGUAUUGGCAAAAGAACAGCUGUCAAAGUGGUGCAGUGCUGAUAGUGAUAUCUUUGGGAGUAGGUCGUCGACUGCUGAUUCGCUAACGAAAUCUUCGGAUAAGAAAUCAAUCACCUUGGACAGUGAUGAUUCUUUGGAUAAUAUGUGGAUUUGUCCAGAGUGUUCCGUGGCAUAUGUUGAAGGUGCAACUGAUAUGGUUGGUUGUGAUGCUUGUGAUAACUGGUUCCACUGGAGUUGUGUGGGUUUAUUAGUGGCACCGCCAGAUGAUGCUCCUUGGUAUUGUCAAAACUGCGCGAGAAAGAAGCUUAAAAAAAAAAUCGUGUUGAAGAGCUCUACUUCAAAGAAAAGCAAAAAGUGA